CCCUAAUUCUCGGUAAAGAUAUAGCCGCCAAGCUCUCCUCCUACUAAGGUGCCUAGGGUACAGUAGCUCUAGACUUUGCACCUACUAUGACGGGCUACUACUAAGGUUAGGUAGGUAGUUAUGUCUUAUUAGUGUAGGUAGGUGGUGUAGCCCCUCCAUCGAGAACCCCACGAUGUCGGACCUUGAAGGUGGGAUGAUGUUCUUUUGGUUAUUGUGAUAUUGUUGAUUAAUACUAUCUUCCCUUUUUAUUUUUUUCCUCCUUUUUUUAUUUUGUUUUUCCCCCUUACUAUCUAUCGUCUUCAAGAAGGUUUACCUAGACUAGCACCGUAAUCAAAAAUGCCCGAGAUCACCAUCACCGGCUGGACCACCCGCGACGUGCGGUUCCCCACGUCCCUGGACAAGACUGGGUCCGAUGCCAUGAACGCCGCUGGCGACUACUCCUCCGCCUACUGCAUCCUCGAGACCGAUUCCGAAUUCACGGGCCAUGGCAUGACCUUCACCAUCGGCCGCGGCAACGACAUCGUCUGCGCCGCCAUCCCCCACCUCGCCGCCCGGCUCAAGGGCCGCACCCUCGCCUCCCUCGUCGCCGACUGGUCCGCCACCUGGCGCCACCUCGUCGCCGACUCCCAGCUGCGGUGGAUCGGCCCGGAGAAGGGGGUGAUCCACCUCGCCCUCGGCGCCGUCGUCAACGCGCUCUGGGACCUGUGGGCCAAGACCCUGCGCAAGCCCGUGUGGCGCGUCGUCGCCGACAUGACGCCCGAGGAGCUCGUCCGCUGCGUCGACUUCCGCUACAUCACCGACGCCAUCACGCCCGACGAGGCGCUCGCGCUGCUCAGGGGGGCCGCGGAGGGCGGGAAGAAGGAGGCGCGGCUCCAGGAGGCGCUGCGCAGCCGCGCGGUCCCGGCGUACACGACGAGCGCGGGGUGGCUGGGCUACGACGAGGCGAAGAUGCGGCGGCUGCUGCAGGAGACGCUGGCGCGCGGGUACCGGCACUUCAAGCUCAAGGUCGGCGGCGCCCUGGAGCAGGACCAGCGGCGGCUGCGCAUCGCGCGGGACGUCAUCGGCUACGACCGCGGCAACGUGCUCAUGGUCGACGCGAACCAGGUGUGGGGCGUGCCCGAGGCGAUCGCGCACAUGCGCCAGCUGGCGGCGUACAAGCCGUGGUUCAUCGAGGAGCCCACGUCGCCGGACGACGUGCUGGGGCACAAGGCGAUCCGGGACGCGCUGCAGCCCCUCGGCGUCGGCGUCGCCACCGGCGAGAUGUGCCAGAACCGCGUGGUCUUCAAGCAGCUCAUCGUGAGCGGCGCCAUCGACGUGUGCCAGGUCGACGCGUGCCGGCUCGGCGGCGUCAACGAGGUGCUGGCCGUGCUGCUGAUGGCCGCCAAGUACGGCGUCCCCGUCGUCCCCCACUCGGGCGGCGUCGGCCUGCCCGAGUACACGCAGCACCUCAGCACCAUCGACUACGUCGCCGUCAGCGGCCGCCGCUCCGUGCUCGAGUACGUCGAUCACCUGCACGAGCACUUCCUGCACCCCUCCGCCGUGAGCGAGGGGUACUACCAGACGCCCACACACCCCGGGUAUAGUGUUGAGAUGAAGCCGGAGAGCAUGGACCGCUUCGAGUAUCCCGGGAAGCCGGGGGUUAGCUGGUGGACCUCGGAUGAGGCGAGGGUUAUUUUGGAUGGUGAGAAGAUUUAGUAGUAGUAGUGUGUCUCAUGCCUAUGAUGUAUAUAUAAUUUUUACGUGCCCACCUAGGUAAGUAUCUAGGUACUUGGAUAGGCUUGUAGGUUGGUAAAAGGGGUCAUGACAAAUGAAUAGUAAAAUACGGAACAUGGCAUAAUAUCCUCCCAAGCCUUGUUUGUUUCGUUGUUUUUGUAUAGUGCCAGAUGGUUAAGCCACUUACAUCCAUGUAUGGCAGUUCUAAAGAGACCUAGGUAGACUGGGUUAAGGAGCUCAAGUAGAAAGAUCUGCCAGGUAGCUAUAAUAUACCUAGUACAUAUCAC